AUGAAGAGAGAGCAUAACCAUAACCAAGAACACGAAGAUUCGAGUAUGACUGGUAAAUCGGAGAUUUGUUGGGAAGACGACGGUGGUAUGGACGAGCUUUUAGCGGUGGUUGGUUACAAGGUGAAAUCAUCAGACAUGGCUGAAGUUGCUCAAAAGCUUGAACAACUUGAACAAGCUAUGGGUAAUUUUCAAGAUCAAGAUGAAGCCACCAUCGCUCAACACCUCUCAAACGACACCGUUCAUUACAAUCCUGCUGAUAUUUCUAACUGGCUUCAAACUUUGCUUUCCAAUUGUGACUCUCAGCCUAAUCCCUCUGUUUCCUCUUCCUCCGAUAACGACCUUAACGCCAUUCCUGGUAAAGCUAUCUACGCCAACACUGAUGAGUCUCUUCCCUCACGGAAACGAGUCAAACGAGUAGAUUCUUCUGCUUCCACUGAGUCAACUCGUCCUGUUGUUAUGGUUGUUGAAACGCAGGAGAAAGGGAUUAUUCUUGUUCAUACUUUAAUGGCUUGCGCUGAAGCUGUUGAACAGAAUAAUCGACCGGUGGCGGAAGCUCUUGUCAAACAGAUCGGAUACCUAGCGGUGUCGCAAGAAGGUGCUAUGAGAAAAGUUGCUACCUAUUUCGCUGAAGGUUUAGCACGAAGAAUCUACGAUGUGUUUCCACAGCAUUCUGUUUCCGAUUCGCUUCAGAUCCAUUUCUAUGAAACUUGUCCUUACCUGAAGUUCGCUCACUUCACUGCGAAUCAAGCUAUUCUUGAAGCUUUUCAAGGAAAAUCGCGUGUUCAUGUUAUUGAUUUUUCUAUCAAUCAAGGGAUGCAGUGGCCGGCGCUUAUGCAGGCGCUUGCCUUGCGUCCUGGCGGUCCUCCUGCUUUUCGUCUCACCGGAAUCGGUCCUCCGGCAUCGGAUAACUCCGAUCAUCUCCAACAGGUUGGUUGGAGGCUUGCUCAGUUUGCGCAGACGAUUCAUGUUCAGUUUGAGUAUCGUGGUUUUGUUGCUAAUAGUCUAGCUGAUCUUGAUGCUUCCAUGCUUGAACUCCGGUCACCGGAGACUGAGUCCGUCGCUGUUAACUCUGUUUUCGAGCUUCAUAAACUCAACGCGCGCCCUGGUGCGCUUGAGAAGGUGUUUUCUGUUAUCCGUCAGAUUCGGCCGGAGAUUGUCACCGUUGUUGAACAAGAAGCAAAUCACAACGGACCGGCUUUUCUCGACCGGUUUACUGAGUCGCUUCACUAUUACUCGACGCUGUUUGACUCGCUGGAGAGUUCAUUGGUUGAACCGCAGGAUAAGGCUAUGUCAGAGGUUUACCUCGGGAAGCAAAUCUGCAACGUGGUGGCAUGUGAAGGAACGGACCGAGUCGAGCGUCACGAAACACUGAACCAGUGGAGGAACCGGUUCGGUUCAGCUGGGUUUUCUCCGGUUCAUUUGGGAUCCAACGCGUUCAAGCAAGCGAGUAUGUUAUUGGCUCUUUACGCAGGUGGGGAUGGUUACAAGGUGGAAGAAAACGACGGUUGUCUCAUGUUAGGAUGGCACACUAGGCCAUUGAUUGCUACCUCUGCUUGGAAACUCGCCGCCAACUCAAUGGUGGUUUCACACUGA